GGGUGAGAAAGAAAGGGAGAGAGAGAGAGAGAGAGAGAGAGAGCGUUUGCAGGCAAUGUAAUUGACAAGGCUUGCAGUGGUGAAAUAAACACGCUUCAGCCCAGGCUCAGCUUUUAUUGCACAAUUCUGACUCUUUUGACGCAUCGCCCGUAGCGCGCGUAGACCUGAUUUCAAGUACCUUCACCCGACUAAUUAAUCCGUCUGAAAUUAUGUCCCGAUCGGCGCAGAUCCAGCCGGCAAGAUGAUGAUUUUACCAAGGAGAGGCUCAGAUCGUGUACCCGACACGGUGGUCCUGGUGAUCUUCGUGGUUGCCGCUUCUCUUGGUACCGUUUUCGCCAAGGAUACUGCAUUUGUGGAAGUGGUUCUGUUCGAGUCCAGUCCCAAUGGAGAUUAUACUACUUACACGACUGGCUUGCAAGGACGGUUCUCCAAAGCAGGAGCCACUAUCAGCGCGGAGGGGGAGAUCGUUCAAAUGCAUCCUUUGGGACUAUGUAAUAAUAAUGAUGAGGAGGACCUGUAUGAAUAUGGGUGGGUCGGAGUGGUGAAGCUGGAGCAACCAGAGCUGGAUCCCAGUUGUCUCACCGUGCUGGGGAAGGCAAAGAGAGCAGUACAGCGGGGAGCCACAGCUGUCAUCUUUGAUGUGUCAGAGAAUCCGGAUGCCAUCGACCAGCUCAACCAGGUGGCAGAGGAUCCUCUGAAGCGGCCGGUGGUUUACGUGAAGGGCAGUGAUGCCGUUAAGUUGAUGAACAUCGUCAACAAGCAGAAAGUAGCUCGUGCUCGGAUACAACACAGACCACCGAGGCAGCCCACGGAAUAUUUUGACAUGGGCAUCUUCCUGGCUUUCUUCGUGGUCGUGUCGCUGGUUUGCCUCAUUCUGCUCAUCAAGAUCAAACUCAAGCAAAGGAGAAGCCAGAGCUCCAUGAACAGAAUGGCCAUCCAAGCCUUGGAAAAGAUGGAGACAAGAAAGUUCAAGGCCAAAGGAAAGGGCCAGCGCGAGAGCAGCUGUGGAGCCUCUGAUUCACUGAGCAGCAGCUCCACCUCUGACUGCGCCAUCUGUCUGGAGAAGUACAUUGAUGGGGAGGAGCUGCGGGUUAUCCCCUGUGCUCACAGAUUUCAUAAGAAAUGUGUCGACCCGUGGCUGCUCCAGCAUCACACCUGUCCCCACUGCCGACACAACAUCAUUGAGCAAAAGAAGGGAAAUCCAGGACCGGCGUGCAUGGACCCUGGCAACCCAGUCCACAGCCGGCAGCGGGUGGUGCUGCCAGUCCAUUAUCCUGGCAGGGUGCACCGGGCUGGCCAGGUGACGGCCUACCCCACCAGAACCAGCAUGGACCCAAACGGUAACCCGAUCACCGUGCUCACAGUGGACCAGCACCCAGAUCCCCAAGGUCUGUACCCCCCGCAGUCAACUUCUGCCUUUCUCCGAAGCUACCACCCCACCCUCCAUCUGGACCACUCACUGAACCCCCACCACUGCGGAUUAGAGCAUCGCGGACCGCCCGCCUACCCAGCACAGCCGCAUCAUGCUGCUUUUAAGAGGCCCAAGUUCCAUGGUCGCAACUUUUCCAGAGCAGCUUGCUUCUCACAGUACGAGACUAUGUACCAGCACUACUACUUUCAGGGGUUGACUUUCCCGCAACAGCCUGAGGGUGGCCAAGGGCCUGCUAUGGCAGGGCAGAUUGGUGGAGGAGGAGGAGUUCACAAGAGCCACCACAGCAGGGCCUUUCAGCAGGGGCUGCUAUACCCCACAGUAGUACAUAUGGCACCUGCCACAUCUUCAAGGAUAGGCGAUAAUGGCAGCACUUCUGGCCUGAGCUGUUAUCACGGCCACCGCUCAGUGUGUAGUGGUUACCUUGCUGACUGCCCAGGUAGUGACAGCAGCAGCAGCAGCUCAGGCCAGUGCCACUGUUCCUCCAGUGACUCCAUGUUGGACUGUACUGAGGUCAGCAACCAGGGUGUGUAUGGUAGCUGCUCUACCUUCCGCAGCUCUCUGAGCAGUGACUACGAUCCUUACGUUUACCGGAGUAAGAGUCCCUGUAGGGGCUCCACAGGGGAAGCAGGGGCUGCCGCUUGCACCACAGUUCCUGUGGAGGACUCAUCAUCUCCUGCUCCCUUGGGACAUGACUGCCUCCAGCUUCCUCCUGGAGCUUCAGGAUAUAACUCGGGGGACCACCUCUCCAACUGCAGUUUGGAGCCCAAUUACAGCAGUCGCUCAUCACUGGAACCCAGGGAGAACAGCAACACUAGUACUACCUCAACGGGGGCUCCAGAGACUACCGGAGCAGACAGGGGAAAGGGGGCACAGGAGGAGUCAGGGGAGCUUGGUGCUGCAGCCUGUAGCUGCUGCUUUGAGGUGCUUCCUCCCAAUGUCGAGUAUAAAGGGCAGGACUCGGACCAAGCUGGGCCUCUGGCCACAGGACGCUUUCACAGGGGGGUGGACUUUCAGAGCCCAGCCUCCAAGAACUUCUUUGCUCCUGAGCAAAUGUGCCCUUCCUCAGACCAGGGAAGCUACGAAGGGCUACCUUGCUGCUUCUACAAAGAGAUGAAGGUCCACAGGGCCACAGCAGGGCGUUAUGCCGAGGACUACGCUGUUAAUGUGCAGUACGCGCAUGCAGACUCAGAGGCCUGCUCUGGACAGGGCUGCUGCGAACUCAACCAGAGAAUACCCAUAAUUCCUGAGGACACAGAUUGUGAAUUGGGCACGGGGGCAGAGACCCAAAGCAGUUUAUUGCCCAUUAGUGUCACAGUGGAGACAGAGAUGAGGACAGGGGAGCAACAUGAGCCCAGGGAGGGGUACUUCACCUCAGGACAGUUCAGAGGUCAGCCAUACCCUCAGGAGGAGGAGACCAGGGCUUUGUUCCACCCUCGGCUCUCUGCAAGCCCCACUGCAUUGGGAAGUAGUAUGUCAACAAAUGAGGGCGGUCUGGGUUUAUGAACUCGAUGCCGGAGAGAAGGGACUCAGUCAGAAGUAUGUUUUUGGUACCGUCUCAGUCAGUCAGUCGGUUGGUGAAAGCCUCAGCUGCCUUGUUCUAACCUUGCUCUCUGAGCGUUGAAUGUUAUCAGCUUAGAUUGUGUGGAUUUCUACUGAAAUGGCCUGUUAUCUCGACUUUCAAGUUCAUUCUUGUGGCCACAAAUGUCUCAGUAUCAAAACUAUGUUACCAUAGCACUGAGACAAAGUGAUACUACACAUGUGGAUGGAGGCUGUUAACUGAAACUAGAAGUAGGUUGGAGGUGGCAUCCUUCUACGGGCUAUCUGUUGUCAUCAAGGGCAUCAGCGCUAAAUAAUCCAAGCCAAUUUCUCCACAAACAAGUACUCUUAAUUCAAAAACAUUUGCAUCUACAUAUGAGCAUAUGUGCGCACAUGAACACUGACUGCCUAUAAAGCUUCAACCAUCAACUCAAAUAGGUUGUACGGAUAUAGCUAUACCAAAACAGGAAGACAUGAUUGUUUUAUUUUAUUAUUAUUUUAUUUUAUUUUUUGGUUUUGUGUUCUUACUUUUUUUCAAGAGCAGGGAAAUGGGUUGUUUUGUCAGUGACCCACACAUUUCUCUGAGGAGAAGAAGCUAUAUAUUACAGUAAAAAAAAAAAAAAAUGCAUAGAAAUGUGAAUGCAAGGCUGACACUGGUCUCUAUUCAGUUUAUUACAGAAUUUGUUCAUGCAUUGCAUUUCUGUCCAGUAGUGGCCUAAAUGUAUGAGAUGUGCCAGAGCAACAAGAAAGCCUUAUGCUAGUAAGCUAAUUGUAGCAAUAUCUAAAGACACUGCACCACUUUUAGCUGAACUUCAGACUAAAGUGACAGCGUCUUGGGGUCAGUAGAUUUCUUCAGAAGUAGAGUGCAGCACUCUACCUCGUUUGGAUGCCCUUAAAAGUGUAUUUUUGCUGUCACUUACCCAACGUCCUCAAUGAGGCAUGCUCUAAUAAGUAUCUAUAAAGGUUCUAGCACGUAUCUAAAGGCCAAAGGAAAGUAGCUGGAAAAAAAUCUCAUGUCAUAAGGGUUCCUUACUGUACUGUGACUUUUCUUUUAAAGAUGCAGUUAUACAUACCACAGUGUGUCCGUUUGAAUCAUACCGUGCCGUGCAUAGUACAUAUUCGCGAUAUCAAUGCUUGUCAUUCAUGCCUGUUUGUCCUGCAGACUGUUUUUAUACUGUUUCUAUGAAAUAUACACAUUCUCUACACAGAGGAAAACUUUCUGAAAUAACCCUAUUUAUAAGUUAACCCAGUGCUGUAAUCAAGUGAGAAUCUAAUCUUGCCUUUUGCAUAGAGAUAUGUACCUACUGCAAAUAUAACAUUUUGGGGUACUUGAGUCACUAUUUAAUUUUUUUGUUAUUGUUUCUAGCACUUAAGAAGAUUAAAGUGUACAAAAAUUAAUAUUUUUUAAUUUUUUUAAGAAUAUAAUUAUUUUCUGUCAUUACCAUUACAAAUGUUUAAAAAGGCUAGAAAUCAAUCUGUGUAUAUUUCUGUACCUGUAUAGCAAACACAUUUCAUAAAUGGAAAUAUGUUCUCUGAAUAUUUAUUUACUAAUAUAUUUAUCUUUAAGCCAUGUCUUAUGUUCAGAGUGUAUGAACGCUUGAGUUAUUUGGUUGCUUUUUAUUUUCAGAAAAAUCACUAACAUGAGACUUUGUAUAUACAUGGUAAUUGCACACAAGACGAUUAAAUCUUCUCUGACCAAAAAAAACUGAUUUUAAAACUUCAGUACCGUACAGUUUUGUAAUUAAAGUGUACAAAGAUCUGUAAAAUAUACAGUUUUAUUCAAGUAA